AUGACCCUCGCCGGUCAGAGCCCAACAUCACGCGAAGAGACAACAGGAUUGGCAUAUGAGGGUGCCAACCAUGGUCCUUUUUUGCAUACUGACGUGUCGUCUGCGUCUCAGUCGUCAAACAUGACGUGUGCAGCUGACGACGAGGAUGAGGACACUUCCGGGUCUUUCCAAUUCAGUUGGAAGCAGAGAAUGAAGGAAAUGGACGAGGAAAGUGACGACGAUGAUCAUAACGCGCAGAAAAUUGUGGACACUACUGCUAUUUCAAAUCUGGAAGUACAGAAGGCACCAUCUCCCUUUGUCAAUCGUGAAAGCGUGGAUACAGCGCCUCCUUCUCCUAGAGGUGCCGAGUUGACACCCGACGGUUUCUUUGGUGGCUCUUUAUCAACUCUUACCAGUUCUCUACCAGAUUCAUCCUUUACAGAAUCUUUCGAUGAAUUUCCUGUUGCGCCACCGCGGUACAGAGGGAAUAGAAUACAAAUUUCCGAUCGUGAACCUGACGAAGUUGGUGCUUCCUCCAGUGCAUCACCGACAAAAUUCCCUAUUACCACACCUCGGAGAGACUCUCUGUCCAGUCCACCGACUUCUGAGGUUGACAUGCCUUCCCGGAUUAUAAAGAUUGACAAAGGGAAGGGUAAAGCACCUGUACGCGAUGUUGCGCCUCUUCAAUUUGAUGACGAACUCGUUUCAUCCGCUGUUGCUUUGUCAAAGGACCAUAAGGGAAAACGUAAAGAGCAAAAUCGCUCCAGGAUUAAGGCACGCUUCGUCCUCAUCGCACCGACGAAAAAAGAUAGGCGAGAAACUGCCUUCGAGAAGACUCGCAUUCAAGCGAGCAGAGCAGUUGAGGUACAACGUACCGAGGAUCGCAACAGGUAUACGUUGACGAGAAUUUUCCACCGCGUAAAGAAUGACGGGGCCUUAACAAUCCCAACGCAGUCGCUACCAUCCUCAGAUCCUAUUUUGCCGUUUUCUUCCUCGCCAGGUGCUGAAAGCGCUCAAGAUGUAACGUGCAAUGCCAUUCAUUUUGGUGCUCCCGCGGGCCUUCUCGACCCAUCACCCCAACUUCCGAGUUUAUUGUCAGGAAAGGAAGACAUUCGUGCUGAGCACGAUGCAACUAUGCUCACUGUCGUAGCGCCAAUCCAUUCUGACGAUGAAGAAUUACCGAACCUGGGAGAGAUGCUUGUUAAACAAUCACCUCCUAGCGAUCAUACAGGGCGUACACAGUCGUUACAUCAUAUCAAGACGCGGAUACUGGAACAGCGUUCGCAGCUACCCAUGAGCGCGGAUAACAGCGAUGACGAUCUGGAGGUAGUGCCAAGUGACAAAAUGCACGUUGUAGCGGACAAGGAAGCGGCUAAACGCAAAUCGGAGAAAGUUCACGGAGGGCCAUCAAAGGGGAAAGCACGGCAGUCGCUGUUAGGAAAGUCGAUUGACGUGAGCCCUGUCAAGAAGAAUAAGCAAUCUGUCCCACCCAAAGAUUGGAUGGGGUUUCUACGAGAAUCCGCAAAACCCGCAUUCCAAACAAAUGCUAAGGCGAAGAAAGCUCAAAACCAGGCAGAGCUGAACCGCUUCAUGCUGCACCAAGCCGAACAAGCUAAAAUGCGAAUUGUCGCGAAUAAGGAUCGAGAGUGGAAGGAAAACGGUGGUCGGACCCCGGGUGAUCAUGUCAACUUGGAACAGCAGCAUUCUCUGAAUGAGAGCUUUACACGCUAUGCAGACCAGGGUCUGGAGGCGGCGAAUAUGGUCGAGCAAACCAAUCUCAGCGAGCAAGACAGUGACAGUGAAGAUAGUGAUGAGGACUAUCAGCCGCAUAUGAGAGGGUCAGGCAGCCCUGAACCAAUGGAGAACAGCGAUCAGGAAAACCAAGACGUGCCUGAAGAUAAAGAAUCCAAUGAGGACAAAACCGACGAGGAAGAUAAUGUGGUGGUCCCUCGACAUCGAGCUCCUCGUCGAUCUGCAGCGCGGGUCGUUGAUUCAGACGAUGAAAGCGAGAAUAGACCGCUGUCCCGAGGACAAUCAAUGGGUCGCAUUCUUGUCCCCGAUACAUCUUUGAUGCAGAUUUCCCAGAGUCCUCCACUCGCUCGAAAUCACCGGUACUCGAUAUCUUCUUUGGACGAACAGACUGAGGAUGAGAAUGAUAAAGAAAACGACGACCGUCUAAUGUACGACAAGAGUGAAGACAAAGAAAAUAAAGCUGUGGUCCGACAUUCACCCUUGAAUACCAGGUCUCCUCUCGAGAGUAGGCCAGGGUCUCUCUUCGCCUUAGAGGAAGGAGUGAGGAGGAGUCUAUCAAUGUCAUCCUUGGAACCCAACCCCAUAGAAUCUUCUGGUGGUAUUGUCGCACGAUCGCCACUGAAAGAACUCUUAAGAGAGGAUGAAGAUCCAUUCUUAUCUCCCUCACCAUCGAAAUCUUCCUUCACUACACGACUGCAGCAAGCUGCAGCUUCCCAUGCAAAUACUGCUUCGCCGCCACCGCCGACUGCCGUAUUACAGCUUGGUCUAGGAUCGCCAGCAGCCUUGAAAGAUUUUCGCACAAAUCGAUUUGAUUCUUCUCAGUUUCCUGACACGGAAAACGAUGAAAGCAGCGUGAUCGGCUUUAAGCCGCAGAUAUUACAGUUUUCUCAGGACGUGAGCCUUAGCCCAUCCCUAGCACCUUUGAACCCGCCACAAGGUCGUGGUUUCUCUCAGCUGUUUUCCGAGUCAAAGGACAAUAGUAGUGUUACUUUGCAAAAACCUGGGCUACCGAACGGCUUGAAUGACUUAUCUUUGACUCUGGAUGUUGGGCUUCAGCCUGCGUUGGAAGUCAGCGGUACACUUCGUCGUAGGGCUGAUGCCAUUUUUGAGAAAGAGCAGGAUUAUGUUGUCGAAUCAGCGAAUCAGAAGCCUGGGCAGAAGGAAGUGCUGUAUGUGAACGACCACGGCUUCCUCACGCAAACGCGUCCAGAAGCAUCGAGUCCAGAAGUUUAUCGCCUUGCGACUCCCUCUCAAAUUGCUAGGUUGCGCUCUCCCCAAUCUCGUGAUGUGGCAAGUAGUCGACCUCCGUUACGGACAAUUUCGUUUGAAGGCAUAACUGACUCACCCGAGCAGUCUCUGCGGCGGUUACGGCGACGUAGUACAUCACCUUUGGACACCCGCGGUCGCUCACUUGAACAUGACUCAAGCCCCAGUGCUAGCCCAAGGCAGCAGUUACAAAAGUUAAACGCAUAUGACGUAUUGGGCAAACAUUCAUCCCGUAAUGAAAAGCGGAAGAAACUGGAAAAAUCAGAGUUUGUUGAAGCAGAGGCAGAAGAGUCGGACGAGGAGCGCACGUUCGGUUUUGGUGGACGGAAGAAAGGGGACGACGAUGAAGAAGAAGAUGAAGACCAAGAUAAGAUUCUCGAGGGCCUCGUCGAUGACGGGGAAGUAGAUGUACAAGAAAAGCUAGUUUUAGAGAAAGUCAGGGAGCAUAGGGAGCAAGACGACCGCGAUCUUGAAAAGCUUCACCGCGAUGCCGUGGAAGGAAAAUUCAGAACAAAGCGCCGUAAUCGUGACUUUGGGCUGAAUGAUGAUAGUGAAGACGAGGACGAGGACGAACGCGCUCGACGAAUCAGAAAUAAUAUGUACAAGAAACGCAAAAUUGACGGCGACCAUCUUGAGGCUUUAGGUCAGAAGGAGGAAACCCGAGCAUUUUAUGAGGCAUAUCAGAAAGACCUCAUCGAUGAUGACGGCCUAGAGUUUCAGCAUCUCAAACAAGAUACAGAAAUGGUGGAUGUCGAUCAAGAGGACGACGAAGAAGAUCAAAAAGAGGUAGUGUCAUAUGAAGAAAUACGCGAACAAGUACAGAGGGUGGCUCAGAACAAAGAGUCUUUGCGUGUGUUGGACCCUGAGGAUGCUUCUUGGCUUGACGAUAUAGAUGAAGAGGGUGAACAAAGUUUCAAGGUGGUAUCAUCCAAACCCACCAAGUCUAUUCGGAAGGUAAACGUUGAUCCAGCAGAUUUCGAUGCAGAGCGACCGACACGGAACUUGGAGAGCGAGCAGCAUAAUGCUAAGAUGAUCUCGUGGGCGAGAGGUCAACAUGGUCGAAAUCAAGGAACUGGUCGAUCCGCUGUUGGGGCAGCCGUCACCGGACACAGUAAAGCUAAACUGAAAGCAGGUGGAGGUUCUUUACGUACGGCACAAUCAUCAGCUUCCAGCUCGAACGUUGCUGAUGGUAAGGUGAACUCCCGUAAACUCACCAAGAACUCCAGCUUGCUGGCUACUGUGUCUGACAGAAGCAGCAAAUUCGCGUAGUGUACGUCUCUGGAUGUGUGGCUUAUGUCUAUUCUGUCGAGUAUCUGUAACAACCCCCCAUGUUCUGUAUGCACAACAAUAACACAAGGAUCAACCAAAAAAAAUAAGUCGCAAUGAAAACAAAGAGCUAUAUGCAAAAGUUGGUUUAGUUUGACCAUGAAAUAGAAUGGGGUAUGCUGCUGAUAAGGUAAUAGAGAUAGAGAAGAAAGGUGUUAAAUAGCGUGAGGACUGAGUUAUCGCGUCAAGAAAAGAAAGAAGUUUUAAUGGU